CCCAACCCAACCAAUGUCUUGCUGUCUUUUAUUUAUGGACUCCACAAAAGUGCUAGAUUUCCACAGCUCCCUCUCUCUCUCUCUCUCUCUCUCUUGCCAGAUUUUAUUGGGUUAAGAGCAAGCUUGCAGAUCCACAAGGAGGAAAAAGGUUCAAAGGAAGAGCUUUGCAUCUGGUGAUGGGCUCAGAAGAAGGAGAGGAGGGUGAGGUACAAAUACAAAGAAGAGGUACACUGGAACACAUGUAGCUCCCUUUCAGCCAAGCCUUCCUCUUACCUCUCUGUCUCAUCUUCCCCGUCUCUUCUAAACCUUCUCUGCUUCCCACACCUUAAAACCAUGUAAUAUCCCUUCCACUUCGCUUCUGUUUCAUAUCCUGCUCGGUAUAGCCCACCACCAAGGAGAAAGGAAGGCAAGCACCAUACCAAGAUGAAGAGGCUCAACAGCUCACACUCCUUUAAUGGUCUACAAGGAAAACCUGGCCUUGUCCCCGUCUCCUUAUCAGUCGAAGAGAAGGGUAAGUACGAGGCCGUUCUUGAUGGAACGGAGGAGUUGGACGGCUGCGAGGAGGAGGAGCUCUGCGGUACUGGCCUGUCGGGCUUGGGAGAGAAGAAACGCCGGCUCAGCGUGGAGCAAGUCAAGGCUCUGGAGAAGAACUUCGAGGUGGAGAACAAGCUCGACCCGGAGAGGAAGCUAAGGCUGGCACAAGAUCUAGGUCUGCAGCCGCGGCAGGUCGCGGUCUGGUUCCAGAACCGCCGCGCUCGCUGGAAGACGAAGCAGCUUGAGCGCGACUACGGCGCCCUCAAGGCCCGGCACGACGCCCUCAAGCUCGACUGCGAUGCGCUCAGCCGCGAUAACGAGGCUCUCCUAGCCGAGAUAGCAGAGCUGAAGGCCAAGCUCGCAGACUCUGGGAUGGAUGCAAUGGAGUCCGAGACCAAAGCAGUGGAGGAGGAGAGACCUCCUUUGAUCCACAAGGACGGCGCCUCGGAUAGUGAUUCCAGUGUGGUGUUCAAUGAUGAAACAAGCCCUCAUGCUGGGACUGUCUUGCACCAGCACUUUCAUAUGGGAUUCAGGUCUCAGUGUCCUUUUUUGCCCUUUGAGGACAAGGCACAAGCUGAGAAGGGCUACCUGGAUGAAGAGCUCCUGGCCGGGGAAGAGCUUUGCAGCAGCUUGUUCUCGGAGCAGCAAGCACCAAACUUCUCCUGGUACUGCUCUGAUGAAUGGGACUAAUUAGCUAGAUAAUUAGAAGUGCUGUUGCAAAAUGGAGGUGGGUUUGGAUUCUCUCCUGUUAAUAAUGGUGGUAUCCUGUGAUGGAUGUAUGACUCAGCACAAAGGGGGCAUAGUUUUCCUGGCUGGAGAAGGAUAGGAAGAAAGUGAGACCAAGGAGAGGGGCCUCUUGUUUAUGUAGAAUUCUAUUGGAAAGAGCACUUCAAUUAGAGAAUGAGACAAUAAAUAAAAGAAUCAAGUAGUGAAUCCAUGGAGAUCAAGAGUUCAUGGGGUUUUUGUUGGUAGUAGGUAGGGUGGAUGUUCUUCACAUUGCUUUGUGGUAGUGGUGGUGGUGGUGAUUAAAACUGUCUUUUAUGUUCACUCCCAUGCUUGGAGUAAGAUCAUGCAUGACAAAUGCUGUAGCCUUCUCGAA